AUGACUCGCACUCGCUCUAUGGAAAAUCUCUCCAAAAUCCUUCCUACCCCCUUCUCCGACAAAUAUGUCUUCAUCUCUGAGUCAUCUGAUGAAUCCUCCUCCGAUUCUCAACAGUUGGCUGUCACCGAGAAAUGUCCUGCUCCUAACCCUACUUCAUCAGUCAAAAAACCUUGCUCACGUUCCUUAGAUCCUUUCUCUCCAAAGGACAUGCAUAAGUUUUGGACUGAUAUGCAAAAUAAAAAUUUCUCUGCUUUUAAGAACCGUGUUGUUGUACCUGAGCGUAUUGUGAAUCUCUACCAGUUAAAGGAUGCACACUGCAAUGAGGAGAAAGUAGGAACAUCAGAGCAGACCUUCAAGUCAGAAGGAGCAAGUUGACUAGGAAAUAAGAGUCAACUAAUGCUUCAAAUUUAAAAGGAUCAGCAAGAAAGGGGAAGCAAGUUGAUUGCAGAAAUAGAAAAGUCAACUGAUGAUUAUUAUUUGUCAUUAUCAAAAAGGGGAGAUUGUUAACUCCACACUCUCACUAUAUGUUUUAAUAAAGACAAACUAAUAAAUAAAUAUCUUGCAGGAUUCACCAAAGAUACAAGAGAUCGAAAGAGAUUCCAGAAUCUCUAAGGAAUCAACUCAAAGAUAUCCAAGAGUAUCUCGCAAAGAAAGCAAACAUUCAACAGCGAGAUGGUCGACGCUAAAAUUGGAAUAAUAUCAAUCAAGAAUAACUCGCAAACGAAAAGCAAGAAUCCAACAACAACUUGACCGGAGCAAAACCUGGGAAGAGAAUCAAUCACCACGGGAGCAAAAGAAAAGAAGAUUACAGACGUAUCUGAUGCGGACGUGUAUGAGUACCGUGCAUGGACAUAUCUGAUAUGGACAUACUCGGUAGCAUUCCUCAAUCAAGGAAUCAAUUAAAAUCCUUGAAUGGGACGAAAUCUCUUGGGUUCCCUUACGAAGAAAAGAAGAUGAAGUAGUUGAAGAAUAUAAAUGAGAGGGCUGAAGAUUGGAGCAAGCAGGCAACUUCAAGAAAGAACUUCGAAGUGUCUCAAUCUUAGUCUUACAAAGCUUUGUACUUAACAGUUUACAAUAGUUACAUAAAAACAUCGAGUCAACUUUGUAAUACACAUUGAACUUGUGUCACAAGAUCUAAAGAAUAAAUAAGUCUUUGGAACUUGUUUAUC